CUUCACUUGUUUGGUGUACUUUUGGAACGUGCUGAAUAUAUCAUCCAGCUUCUAUCUGGAUGUCCCAUUCUAGAGGAAUUGCAUGCUGAAAGUUUAAUUGUCAGAAACAAGGAAUGGCUUGUUUCACUGAAUUUUGUACGACAAAAGUUUCCAAGCUUACCGAAGUUAAUCACAGCAAACAUUACUAAAUCGUCCCAUUCUUUGGCGCUUUUUCUCGCAUUACUUUGCAGGGCAAAGUCUCAACUUCUGCGUGCAGAAUUGGACACAAGUCACCUCAUACAUCUUAAGUUUCGCAAUCUAACUAACAUGGAGCUUAUCCUUAAGCAUAAUCAUUGUGAGAAGUGGAACUGGUGGUUGCUAAAAGUGCUGAAACAUUGUCCCAAACUUCAAAAUCUUACCAUUCAUCAGGAUUUUGAGAAUGAAGAGGAAUUUGAGGAAGUUGUGGAUAAUUGGGUGUAUCCAACAAUUAUUCCAGAUUGCCUUUCAACACAACUCAAAACAUGCUUGCUUAAAGGCUAUGAAUGCACAGAUCGUGAGCUUCAAUUUGCAAAAUAUAUUAUGCAGAAUUCAGAAGUAUUGAAGACCAUGUCAAUCAAGAGCGCCUCUUCCAUAGAUACAAAUACCAAGCACCAAAUUUGGAUGAAACUUGCUUCGUGUACAAGGGCCUCAUCAACAUGUAAACUCUUGUUUGAUUGAUGAAAGUUAGGUCAUAGUUGCUAUAGUUCUUAUAUGUCUACUUUUUAUAUUAGAAUCUUUGUAUUCAAUGGUAACAUCUGAUGGUUUCAAAGGCAUGGCCUCUGUUUCAAUUUGACCUCUUAUGUCAUUUCAAUUUUCAAAUAUGUAUUGACUUUCACGUAACUAAUUGAUGCUAGAUCCUCUCAACUUUUUCUUUUCUUA